AUAUACGUCAAGCAAAUUGUAUGGGGUUUGACCACAACCAUCUGCAUUUUACCAAUUAAUCUCCAUGUAUUUAAAGAAUUGUGGAUAUCCUUUACAUUUUAGUGAAAUACUUAUUGAAGACUCAGCACAAUGCAAAUCACAGGUUUUCAAAAUCUUUUACUCAUAACGGUGUCCAUUGUGUCCGUUACGACGGCACACGACGACGACAACUCUGUAAGGCUUGAGGACGCUAUAGAAAUGGAGUUUAUCGAAACAUCCAUUCAAGCCUGGCAUUUUCACACGUAUUUCUUUGAAGUUAAUAACCGAAGUGUAAAUGAAAUGUUAACUAUGAGAAAAGAUUUACGAGCCAAUAUUGACAACGGCCAUUUGAAGCAAUGCUCCCUCAAUCAAAUUUUUGUGGGAUGGGAUGGUCCCCAUCCCGUGUCCCAGUUUGAAAUGUGUUGCAACAAGACAUCAUUUGCUGCAGCACAUGCAUGGUUUACCCAGAAUCAUGGGAGCUUAACCGUCCUUGUCCAUCCACUUACUGUCUUUGAUGUUGAAGAUCACAAAAGCCGCAAAUCUUGGCUGGGUCCCCCCGUUGUUUUGGACGAGGAAUGUCCGUGCCUCUACCAACGUUUGAGAAAACCUCGCCCUUGUCCAGUAUAUCCUUAUUACCCAGACGAGCUCCCAAAGUCUGAAGAUGACUACUACACCCCCCUUGCAGGGACGGAAGAUUAUAAAGGACGGAAUAAGAAAUUUAAUAUUAUGAAGGAUAAUUAUUAAACGGGGAUUCAAAAUGUCGUAUAAUGUAAAUUCUUGGUUUCUUAUCUAACAAUGAAAAUUUAUACCAAAAUAAAAUAUUGUCAGAAUCUAUA